AAGUUGUCUUUUGAGAGGGAGAGAGAGAGAGAGAGGGAGGGAGAGGCUGAGACAUGAGACUGUGAGAGGAUUGUUGUGUGGUUCACAUUCGAUGUCCUGUCUGCCUGCCUGUGCAGCUAAUAACCUCAUAUUUAUCUUCCUCUUUCACAUUCAGCUUCACAACGACUCCUGCUCUACUGCUACAAGCCUCCUACUACUCUUAUCUCCAUGUAGAUUAGAUUGUCAAAAUUCCAAGAUCCCCAGCAAGACCAAUUGUUUAUUCAAUUAAGAAGAGCAAAGUGUGUGGGUCCAUCCAUGAAAGCAGUUACAGUACCAUCUCCAUAUGGUGCUUCUUCCUCUUCUUGCCACCAUUACAACAACUACAGGGUUGUUAUUCUAAUGGCCAAAAGCAAGAAAUCCCAGCCUGCCUCUUCUCCUAAUAAGGGUUCUGAGUCAGCUCCUCCAAGAAUCACAUCAAACGUCAAGCAGAAUUUGCAGUUUCUAAAGUUAUGGAAGGAGUUUCAAAAGAGGAAGUCUAGCACACCUAAGCCUUCUACUAGUUACCGCAGAAAGAAGGUGGAGAAGGAGGACCUUCCAGAGGACACAGAGCUGUACCGUGAUCCUACCUUGAGUCUCUACUAUACGAACCAGAUUGUAGAAACUGGAGUCCCUGUCUUGCUUGUUGAUGGGUAUAAUGUAUGUGGAUACUGGGCGAAACUGAAGAAACAUUUUGUGAAUGGAAGACUUGAUAUUGCACGACAAAAGUUAAUCGAUGAACUUGUAGCAUUCAGUUUGGCCAGAGAUGUGAAAGUGGUAGUUGUCUUUGAUGCCAUAAUGUCAGGGCUGCCUACGCACAAGGAAAAUUUUGCUGGUGUCGACGUGAUUUUCACAGGUGAAUCUUGUGCUGAUGCAUGGAUUGAAAAAGAGGUUGUAGCCUUAAAGGAGGAUGGAUGUCCAAAAGUAUGGGUCGUUACUUCUGAUCAUAUUCAUCAGCAUGCAGCACAUGGAGCAGGAGCCUUUAUUUGGAGUUGCAAGGCCUUGGUUUCUGAGGUAAAGGCAUCACAGCAAGAGGUGGAGAGGGCACUUCAAGAACUAAGGCCUACUUCCUUUCAGGGUAGAUUAUUGAAACAUAAUCUUGAUUCUGAGGUUGUUGACGCUCUCAAGGAUCUAAGGAAGAAGCUAGCAGAGAAUGAGUCAAAAAGCAGGUGAUCCAAUUUAGUAUUUUGGUCAUGCCUUCUACCUUGGACCAUGCAUAUUGUAUGUACAUUACGAUCAGUUGUCACUCACCAAAUUUUUACUCAACCUGUGACAUCUAAAGUGUUAUGAAAUAUUUAGUUUAGAGGCGUAAUAGCAUAUACAUAAAGUUCUUGUAACUUCUGAUGGGACCAUUUUCUAGGAGGCAAAAGCCCUGAGAGAAUUGUCAGGUCCCAGCAAAUUUUUAGGUAGAUUCUUUAGUGGUGUUCUAUCUGGGUGAGGGUUACUGCAAGUGCACAUUUGAUGUGAUUUGCUAAUUAUCUCUUAAAUUCUGUUUCCACCCAUUUCAAUUUACACUUCCUCCUGCUGCGAUCUUCUUUGUAUAUUUAUUUUCUUUUAUGAUGUAGCUGUUGUAAUGAAGCUGUUAAUCUUAUUUAGGGAGACUUAAUUUCUUUCCUUCAA